AAUGUAAUCUCAAGUUCAACUUCAAGACUACAUCUUUCUCUAACUCUCUCUAUCUACUAUUACUAAUGGCGAAUUCUCAUCUUCGAACCUCUCCUGUUGUUACAUUCAGAAAUCAGUUUUCCGUAUCUCAUUUUGAUUCGGAUAUAUCGACAUCUAUCUCAUUCUCCUCUCAACUUCCUGGUUUCUCCAUUAGCCUAAAACAAGUCCAGACCUAUAGACCAAGUGCAACUAUGAAACCCACAAGCCAUUUCGAGGAACUGAAGGUUGACACUACCUUAAGUCCUAGUGUAAAUGCGGUAAAGCCCUCCAAGACUGUGGCCAUAACUGAUCAGGCAACUGCUCUUGUACAAGCAGGCGUUCCUGUCAUUCGUUUGGCUGCUGGCGAACCUGAUUUUGAUACCCCAUCUCUCAUAGCAGAGGCUGGGAUUAAUGCGAUUCGUGAAGGAUAUACUAGAUAUACUCCAAAUGCUGGGACUCUUGAGCUUCGUUCAGCAAUUUCUCACAAAUUAAAAGAGGAGAAUGGGAUCUCUUAUUCAACCGAUGAAAUUGUGGUGAGCAAUGGAGCUAAGCAGAGCAUCCUGCAAGCUGUACUUGCUGUUUGCUCUCCAGGUGAUGAGGUUAUAAUUCCAGCACCAUAUUGGGUUAGCUAUCCUGAAAUGGCAAGACUAGCCAAUGCAAACCCUGUGAUCCUUCCCACUAAAUUAUCCAGCAACUUUCUAUUAGAUCCCGAAAUUCUCAAAUCCAAACUGACUGAAAAGUCACGACUCCUAAUCAUUUGCUCGCCAUCAAAUCCAACUGGGUCUGUUUACCCCAAACAAUUGCUCGAAGAGAUUGCUGCUAUAGUGAAGAAACACCCAAGGCUUUUGGUUCUUUCUGACGAGAUAUAUGAACAUAUAAUUUAUUCCCCAGCAACUCAUACUAGUUUUGCAUCAUUACCGGGCAUGUGGGAAAGAACUCUGACCAUAAAUGGGUUCUCUAAGGCUUUUGCAAUGACCGGAUGGAGACUUGGAUAUAUUGCUGCUCCAAAGCAUUUUUCUUCAGCAUGCAAUAAAAUACAGAGUCAGUUCACAUCAGGUGCCAGCAGUAUAUCUCAAAAGGCAGGUGUUGCGGCUUUAGGACUUGGAUAUGCCGGUGGAGAAGCUAUUGCCAUAAUGGUUAAAGCUUUUAGGGAGAGGCGAGACUAUUUAGUUAAAAGCUUUAGGGAAAUAGAUGGAGUUCAAAUAUCAGAACCCCAGGGAGCAUUCUAUUUGUUCUUAGAUUUCAGUUCAUACUAUGGAACUGAGGCUGAAGGAUUCGGUUCCAUUAAAGAUUCCGAUUCUUUAUGCCGAUAUUUGCUGGAUCAAGCACAGGUAGCCCUAGUACCAGGCGAUGCGUUUGGGGAUGACAAAUGCAUUAGGAUUUCUUAUGCUGCGUCUCUUUCCACACUUCAGGCUGCUGUAGAGAGGAUUAAGAAAGCAUUACACUCUCUUACAAAGCCUGCCCUUGUCUAAAUUCUUUUUCGAUUCCGUCUUGUGGAGUAGUUAUUAAGAACCAAAUUGUUCAAAAUUGCAUAUUCCUUGAUAGUUGAACCCGAAAUAAUGAAUUUCCUCUCAUAUUUUUGAGAUUUGUACUUUGUAUUAAUGGAUUAUAGAUCAGCAUUGUCUUUGUACUGUAUUUGGUUUGUUGUGAUGAACACAAGCCCACAACAAUGGUUUUAAGCUAUUCAGGAAAUGCAAGUGAUAAGUUGAUUGUGCCCUCA